UUUUUUUUUUUUUGGUUUUGGUGUUGUUUGUAGAUAAAAAAAAAAGAUUCCAAAAAAAAAAAAAAAACGAUAUGGCAUCUCACUUUGUAAAUACUACUGCCUUUACAACAUACUGUACCAUGGUGUUCUGUAAACUUCUGUAACAAUUAAGUAAAAGUUACAUUUAUAAUCUGAUUUAAUGGUGUUAGUUGUACAUUCUUGAUGUUUCACAUUUUAAUCAAAAAUAAUCUUUGUGUCGCUGUGGAUUAACCACUAUUAAUUAGUAAUCAUGCCUUAUUAGUGCAUACAGUAUAAAUCAACAUUCCUACAUAUGACUGACGAUUUCAGUAUAUUGCUAGAAUACAAGCUUUUAUUUUUUUAUGUAGCAGGUCGGCAACAUCCUCGUCGUCUUAUUUUGAAGGCAUCGAUAUUUCCGGUUACUGGAGCGUCGCGCGAGAUUUGUUUUGAUGGUAGGGAAACUAGCUAGCAGCACAAAAAGUUGGUGGCUCACCAUUAUAUCUUUUAUUUUUGGUGAGAAUUCAGAAUGUUUUUUCUUCGACACUAUUAAUACAGCGCGUAGAUGAAUUCCCUCAUCCUCCGUCAUGGUGUGCAGGGUAACGGCACGUAACGAGUUUAAAAUGGAUUCACUCUCCAAAAACAUGUAUGACGAGUUCAAGGAUGACAUCUGGAAAGAACUGGGUCCACUGGACCCUGAGUGGUUUCAAGUUGUUAUGACUGAAACAUCCACUGUGGAAGAGAAUAUCUCCAGUGUCUCCCACAACACAUCUGCUAAACAAGAAGGAUGUUUCAAAACACCGUAUCACAGAGCUGCAGCAGAGAGUCAGCAGUUUUCAACCCCCAAGGUUUUCAGACGCAGUGUGAUAAUGUCACCUGAAAUGGAGGAUGAGCAGACUGUUACUGCAGAAGAAGCACCGCCAUGGAAGGAAACCCAAAGUCCACAUUUAGAAAGACAUGAAGAAAUACUUGAUUUGCUUCACACCACACCAAAUGCUGAAGUCAGCGAUGCUGAGAGGAUAUCUGAGAGUCUUGGUGCACAUGUUGACCCGGAUGUAUCCUGGACCAGUUCUCUAAACACCCCACCUGCCGUGUCAAGCACUCUCAUUUUAACAAAAAAUGAAGAGCGCCCCUGUCCAGAGAGUGUCUGUGCUGGCAAAGAUGUUGUUUUCGUGCGGAGGCUUUUUCCUUCUCUGUCAGUUGAAACAGAAUCCCAGAAAAAAACUGACAAACCUCUUCAUCAAGCAGGUGCUGUUUUCCCUGAAACUGAUCAGACUCAGUCCAAUGACUCUCAUCAUCUUCAGAGUCCAAGUGGGCCUAGUUGGAUACAGAAUCUUCCAGAUGUUAUUGAGGAUGAAGUUGUCCGCAGCACUGUAGCAAAUGUCCUUGAUGGCACUGAAAAUAUCCUUUCAAUAUUUUUCCCCAAUACGUCUUCAUCACUGAGAAAAGUGAAAACUGACAGAGUCAAGAGAAGACCUACUUCAAACACUAUUUCAUCCACAAAAAGGACAAUUGAUCAGGACCCUGACAAACUGUCUUCUACCGCACCGUUAGACACUGGAGAUAUUGGAAACACACUGUGGUCUCCUUUGACUUUGUCUGAAAUCCCUCUGUCUGCAGCUGAUGCUUCAUGCAGAGCACAAACGGCACUAGACAUAACAGCAAAACAAAAAGAAAACCCUAAAUGUAGCCCAGUCGUUGAACCACCCAUGUACAACACAUGUUCUGGACUGGUAAAGAAGAAGAGAAAGUUUAUUUACAGUGUUGGCUCUACAAAGAAACAUUUAAGAGAAAAAGAAAAACAGUCACCAGUGGUGGAAACCACAGCAAGGACUUCAGACACAGAACAUUUUGUCAAGCCUUUGUCAAAAGCCCAGGAUGAGGCUAUUUCUUGCAACGUCAGUGAGAAUGCUCAAAAACGGCAAACUCUCCCUGAAAAUUAUCUCCCUCCUUCUGUUCAACCAAAAGACGAGGAUCUCAACAUGUCACAACUAUGCAAAGAUUUUGCACAAGACUUUAGUCAAAUGUUUGACCCUGGUAAACAGACGGAAGUCACUGACACUGCGUCUGAAAAUUUAUUUUCUUCUUCUGCUUGUCUGUCAGCUAUGAAACAAGCCAAACGGGAACUAAAACUGGAGAACAGUCCUGUUACGAAUCAAAACAUCACUGAAAGCUUGGCCAUGUACAGUGGAUUCCAGUCUGCAGUUUCUAAUGUCACUCACAUGGCUACAACUUUUCCUACCUCACAAAACGGUCAGAGUCCACAGCCGAAAACUGAAAUUCACAGGGCAACGUGGAGAAAUGUAACACGUCAUUCUGAGCAGACUUUGUGUGACAGUGACACUAAUAUGAAGCAGACCACUGAAACAGCAGAGAACAUAAAUCUAAACGGUGUUGAAAAGAUGCAGUUACAUGCAGACGGUUCUUUAACACAAAGCAGUUCUGCUAAUUCCACUUCCAGUUGCCAAGUUAAUAUGUCACUCCCAAAGAAAGAAGCUAGUUCUCACCCGUCCUACCUUCCAUCUGGAUUCAAAACAGCUUCCAAUAAUGAGAUACAAAUUUUCUCAGCCCAGCUGAAGAAAGCCAAGUCAUUGUUUGAAGAGAUUGAAGCUGGAAUGACACCUGUUGAUUCGGUGACUACAAAAGUCCAUCAAUCAGAAGGUCAGGGUAGCAUCAGCAAAGGAUCAGCAAGAAAAACAGGUUCCAACUUAAACCCACUCAGUAACGACAUGGUCGAUAUGAGCUGUCAGUUGACUGCGUCACAAAAGGCUGAUGUGACUGAACUGUGUACACUGCUGGAAGAAGCAGACAGCCAGUUUGACUUUACACAGGUCAAGUCUACAAAACCAGAGAAGAAUGACUCCUUUCCUCAGAAUAUUGACAAAGAACUUGACCCUGAUUUUCUUGUGGGUAUAGAUUUUGAUGACAGUUUCAGUGCUGAAGCUGAAAAACUCGUAGAAACUGUUCUUGAUAAAACAGACUCAGUCACACAGGCUAAAACAAACUGUAAGACUGGGAUUGUUACAAGUCAAUUCCUGGAUGGGUGUUUGACACAAGAGAAUUGUGCAGUUGACCAGAACACACAACAAAAACUGAUCAUUAGUGAUGGAGAUACAUUUGAAGCUAAGGGUUUCGAAAAGACCAAAAUGGAUACGGCCGUGUGCAUUAAUGGGUUCCAGAUGGCCAGUGGGAAAUCAAUCUCUAUUUCAGCAAAAGCAAUACAGGAGGCAGACACCUUCUUUGAAGACUGUGAUAUUGGUGUUAGUAACACUAGUUUGUCAAUGAAGCCAACAAAGAAUAUGGAACAAUCACCUGCCUCCAUCGAUCAAAAGAAAAACCUUGUAAAACCUAAACAUGAAUCCAAAGCCAUUCCUGGAUCUGAGGAACCGUCCUGUACAUUUGAAAGUGUUCCCCUCAGGAGUCAGACAGAGGUUCCCCCACAACGUUUAGAGACUUUUGAUUUUGAGGAUGGAGAUUUCUGUGGAGCUGAUGGAAAGAAGGGCUCAUUUGCAUAUGCAGAACAACAAGCAGAGUGUCUGGGGAAUAAAAUUCUGUCUUAUAAAGAUUCCAAUAAACAACUGGCACAAAAAGUAGCUGCUUCCCAAAUUAGUGGCAAAACCAAUACAUUUGAACUUCCCACACUUAAAAACGGUGGGUUUCAAACAGCCAGUGGCAAAGGAGUUGUUGUUUCAUCUGCGGCGCUGAAGAAAGCAAGAUCAAUCUUAAAUGAAUGUGAAGCAGUUGAGGACAAAAUCUUUUCAAGGCAAAUUGAGAUGGAUUUUUCUGUCAGUAGCGAUUCACCCGGAAAUGGCAAAAGUCUGGCAGCCAAUGGUAAACCUCUCCAGAAGACUGCAGCUCAUUUUGGUGACAUCACUUCACAUGCAGAGGUGCAGAGAAACAUCCUCCCUGCAUCCUCUGGCUCAACCUCACUGGACUGUGCUGCUACUGUCAAUCAUCAGAGGAACUAUGGUAGAGUAUUCUCUGCAGCCAGUGCCCAGGCCAUUACAUCAGCUGACCCCCUGGAAAAAGCAGAAUUGUUUUUUGCUGAAGAUCCUACACCAGGCUGCACUGGAAAGAAGAUGUCACAGAACAGAGAUAUUUCAAAAACAGGUUACGUCAAUGAUGGAAUGAAAAUUCCAGCAUCUAUAAAAGGUGGAUUUCAGACAGCAAGUGGUAAAGGAGUUGUCAUUUCAUCUGCAGCUCUCAAGAAAGCACAGUUACUGUUAACUGAAUGUGAAUCAGACAGUAAAGUUUUACCAAAGGCUGACAUUACUUCUAGUGCGAAGAUUUCAGCAACAAACGCGGUUUUACCUCGGGCUGAUCAGUCUUUGAACAAACAACUUUCUACUCAGUCAUGUGCUACUUCUCAGAAGUGUGGGCCUGGUAGAACCGAUCGGUCAGGAGACACAGGUGGAGGAUUCUGUACAGCUAGUGGCAAAAAAGUCUCAGUGUCAGCAGAGGCCCUGAAGAAAGCUCAGUGCCAUUUGAAUGAUAUGAAUUCAACUGACGAUGUCAAAGAACUGUUAACGAAGAAAGGAGAGGCUUUGAAAACAAGUCACACCACAGAUCGGAUGCAUUUUCCAAGUCAUAAAGGCAGUGGUUUUCAGACAGCAAGUGGCAAAGGAGUUCCUGUUUCAUCAGAAGCAUUAAAAAAAGCAAAAUCACUCUUGAGUGAGUGUGAAUCAGACAAGUUCAGUGUAGAACCAACUCAUUCAAAUCCACCUGCGUAUAGCGCCGCAUCUGGAAAUUGUGUAUUUUUUGCAUCCAGUGGUAAAACCUUGACAGUGUCAUCUGAAGCUCUCCAGAGGGCAAAAGCACUUUUCAGUGACAUCCCGCUGACCGAAGAGACUCGUGGUUUAAAGUCUUCAGUGAAAACGUCUGAGAAAAAUCUGAAAGAAGCUGAAGUUGUAGAGGAAUAUGAAAACAAGGCAGUGACAAAAGAAGAAAAAGGCACCUUCAUCUUUGGUUCAGAAGAGAAAGAUGGAAGUGUCAGCCUGGGACCCAGCUCUACACUGAGAGGCUGUGCUGAAACCCAGCCGGCGCGUCUUUCCCUUAAACCACUUGGCUCACGACAUGAUGCAAAUAUGACAGGUCAACCUCCCUCAAAAAGACGAUUACUGGAAGAGUUUGAUAGGACUGCUGAUGCUCCUCAUGGUUGUGAUCUACGACCGCAAAAAAGUUGUCCAAAUAGUGUAUUGACAGACAGGAGAGUUUUCAAGUACAAUGUCUCACCUCAUCCAAACAUCACAAAGCCUCAUGGCAGUGGAAAUAUGUAUGUGACAACCAGAUUUGAAACUCCUAAAUCAACUCAACAUUUAACUUCGGGACAAAACAGAUCAACGCGCUUAAAGACGGCAGCAUUCGUUCCUCCAUUUCGCAAAAACACAGUAACAGAGAUGCAGAAGAACACAGACCUUGAUGUCAACAAAACAUCAGCCACUGAAUUUGCUCUUCCGUUUCCAAAACAGAAGACUAUUGUUCAAGAAGACUCCUCUAAACCUCAGGAAGAGCAGAAUAAACACCUGGAACGUAACACAUUCAUCCCACCCACUAAAAAAAUAAACACUGAAAAUGUUGCUGAUGAUGAGCGUCAUGAGGAGUCAAAUGUGAGAACCCUACAUGUAAAUCACAAUCUGAUGAAUCACAGUGGUUCAGAGGGAUGUGGACCACAGCCUUCUGCCAGUUCACCAUCCAAAAAAGAGAAUAUGCUUUCCAUGAACCAAGAUACGUUACAGAAUCUUGAAAAUGUGGGAAUGGCUCGAGACAUGCAAGACAUGAGGAUCAGAAAAAAGAAGUGUCAGACAAUAAAACCAAUAGCAGGUCAUUUGUUUCUCAUCCGAACUUCCGGAGUUUCAAGAAUUCCACUCAAAGUUGCUUUGAAUGGAAAAUCUCCUGGCCAAUAUUCUUUAGACAAGCUGUACGAGUAUGGAGUACACCAGUGUACGUCCCACGUUAGCAGUGAGACUGCGGAAAGUUUUCGCUUUAGUUUGCAGCAGUAUUUUGAACUGGAUGUUAUCAGUAACGGAGGAGGAGUUCAGCUCGCUGAUGGUGGAUGGCUGAUCCCCAGCAAUGAUGGGACAGCAGGAAGAGAGGAGUUUUACAGAGCGCUGUGUGACACUCCGGGCGUGGAUCCUAAACUGAUCAGCACAGAGUGGGUGUUCAAUCACUACAGAUGGAUUGUAUGGAAACAGGCUUCCUUGGAAAGGUCUUUUCCAAAAGAUAUGGGCAGCAUUUGUCUCACACCAGAACAGGUUCUCCUGCAGCUCAAGUACAGGUAUGAUGUUGAAAUAGACCACAGCCGUAGACCUGCUCUAAGAAAGAUCAUGGAGAAGGAUGACACUGCAGCCAAAACCUUGGUUCUCUGUGUCAGUGGGAUUGUCUACAAGGGAUUCUCCUUAAACCAACAAAGUCACAAUGAAUCCAAGACUCCGAGAGCUGCUGAUGCCAAGGUUGAACCCUCAUUGGCGGUAGUUUGGCUCACAGAUGGCUGGUACGCCAUCAAAGCUCAGCUGGAUGAACCUUUGACAGCUAUGCUCCACAAGAGACGACUUGCUGUAGGAGGGAAACUGAUUAUCUCCGGAGCUCAGCUGGUGGGAUCACAGGAUGCUUGCUCUCCUCUAGAGGCACCAGAAUGUCUCAUGUUGAAGAUCUGUUCCAACAGCACUCGACCUGCACGAUGGGAUACAAAACUUGGCUAUUACAGAAAACCUUGGCCGUUUCUGCUUCCAUUAUCUUCCCUUUACAGUAACGGAGGGCCUGUAGGGUGUGUGGACAUCACCAUACUGAGGAGCUACCCAGUACAGUGGAUGGAGAGAAUACCAGACGGUGGGGUUGUGUUCCGUUGUGUUCGUGCAGAGGAAAAGGAGGCGCGGCGAUACAACAGUGAAAAGCACAAGGCCAUGGAGGCCCUUUUUGCCAAGAUUCAAUGUGAAUUUGAGCAGGAGCAGAAAGCCAAUACGAAACGUCAGAGCAGAAGACGGACAAUGACACACCAGAGUAUAGCAAGUCUGCAGGAUGGAGAGGAGCUUUAUGAAGCAGUGGGCGAUGACCCAGCCUACUUUGAGGCUAACUUGAGUGAACGGCAGAUGCAGACUUUACAAACCUACAGACGUUCACUGAUGGAAAAGAAACAGGCCGAAUUACAGGAACGGUGUCGUCGUGCUGUUGAAGCAGAGAGCAGUGAAGGUCGAUGUCCCAAACGUGACGUUACGCCAGUGUGGAGACUCUGUGUCGUUGACUCCAUGGACCGAAGUGGCAGUGUUUACCAGUUAAAUUUUUGGAGACCGUCUUCUGACCUUCAGUCUCUACUGAAGGAAGGCUGUCGGUACAAAGUCUACAAUCUCACCACAUCUGAGGGGAAAAAACGCAGUGGCAUUGGAACAGUGCAGCUCACCGGAACUAAGAAAACACAGUUUCAGGAUCUUCCGGUUUCUCAGGAAUGGCUAUCAGCUCAUUUUAACCCCAGGGUUGCCAUCAGUUUUGUGGCUCUCCAAGACCCAGAUUUCAAGUCACUGUGUGGAGAGGUUGAUCUGACAGGUUUCAUCGUCAGUGUAAUAGAUGAACAUGGUUCCUCGCCAGCAUUUUAUUUGGCCGAUGGAAAUCUGAACUUCGUCAAAGUCCGCUGCUUCUGCAGUUUUGCUCAGUCUGGAUUGGCGGAUGUUGUUAAACCACAUGUGCUGUUGGCUUUGAGUAACCUGCAGCUCAGAGGACAGUCCAUGUCACCCACUCCUGUUGUGUAUGCUGGUGAUAUGACUGUCUUCGCCACUAACCCAAAAGAAACUCAUCUGCAAGAAUCCUUCUGCCAUCUAAGAAACCUGGUGCAGGAAAAUUUUUUUCUCAUUGCUGAAAAGAAGCUCACACAUCUACUCACAUCAGACGGACCAGCCUCUAUUCUCUAUUCUCCAGCUCUGCAACCAAGAACCCCAACUGUUACAAACCACAAAGAUGCAAAGACAAAUCAGCCAACCCCCAACCAUGACUUCCUCACACCCGUCAUUAAGAAUACUCCCAUGGAAAAGUCUUCAUCAGAGAAAGACCCGAAAAGUCUUAAGAGAAGACGAGCUCUGGACUAUCUGUCUUUUAUCCCGCCUCCACCUUCUCUUUGUUUUCCCAACUUUGCAGCUUCUCCGUGUGUAAAAAAGACAUUUAACCCUCCUCGAAGGUCUGGCACACCAAGCACUUUAAAAUCUGCACAGAACUUCGUUAAGGAACCUGCUGUUUCACAUUUAGAAGAUGAAUACGUGAAUGAUGAAGAACUGGCAAUGAUUGACACCCAAAAACUGCAUGUCGAUGUACUGUAGGUGUUUCACACUCUACAAAGACAGUGAAACUCCCUGAGCAAAAGCUACACAAAUAGGUGAAGGCUUUAAUCAGCUUUUGGCACAUUUGUCUCUCACUGGACGGAAUAAAGUGAAACAGUAAAACCUUUACAUCA